UCAAGAGUUUGUCUUGCGUCAAAAUGGCGACUUCCUACUGCAAAAUUGGAAGGAGUGUCCUAAAUUUGAGGGGACGCGUCUGUGCGACGAACAGCAGGGCCCGGUUAACUCACUUGAACUCGAUAUGCAGGAGCAUCAGAAUCCCUCCCAGUGGCAGCCAGCUUGUCCAAUCACGGACCAGCUCCACAGCCACUGGCCAAUCGGUUUCGAGUACCCUCAGCCAAUCAGAAGCCAAGGAGAGAAUCGAGACUCACCCUGUCCUGACCCUUCCCCCUGAGGACCAGGGGCUGAGGGAGCGAUUCAUCCCGAUCUCUCGUCGCUCCUUGGUGCGUCUCUUGAUGCAGGAGGAGGGGCUGUUGACCAGUGCAGACCAGGAGAAAUUUGAGGAGCUUGCUGUGUCCCUGGAUUGGACAAUUACAAAUCAGUACCAUGGGGUGCUGGCAGAAUUAAAGCAACUCUUUGAUCCGGUCAACCCGGACCAGGACACCAUGGCGACAAGGUUUUGGCGGAAAAAGGAUGUCCUAGAUAGUGAAUUCUGGUUGCUAAGGAAGCUAGUAAUCAUCAUGGGCAAGGCCAACUUCCACGAGCUGCCCAGAAAUGUGAUUGAGAAGGCUCUCGCUGAACACGUCUCGGGAGAAGGAGUCAGUGUAAGCGUCAACCCAAAGAAGUAUGACAUUCUCAGGUUCUGGGCUCUUGGCAAGGAGCUACCCAAGGAGAGAGUGCCACUCUACAAACGUCUCUUCUCGUUCUUAUUCUACCGGGUCACCAGGCAGCAGCCGCCAGCACCCAUCGAGUACUACAAGAGGGUGGUCCUGGCCGUUCGCCCCAAGGGCAACAAUAAACUCAUCCUCAAGAUGUUUAAAGAGAUCCCGACUGGGGCUCUGGAGCAACUCCUACCGGAUGGUAAGAUCCAGAUGACUCGCUGGGACCAAGGAGUCCUGGGUACGGCCAUCGCCAUCGGCUCCCUGAGUCUCCUAGUCAAAGGGGUGACUUUACUGGCCGACAUCAAGCUGGACUGGACCCUGAUCACUGCCUCGGUGACAGGCCUGAUGGCCCUGAGUGCCUGGAACAAAUACAAGAACCGACGCACCCGGUACAUGAUGCAGCUGUCCCGGACGCUGUACUUCAAGAACGUUGCCAAUAACCGGGGAGUCUUGACCCUCCUGGUAGACCGGGCCCAGGAGGAAACCUUCAAGGAAGCAUUGCUAACUUACGCGUUCCUCCUAGCAGAAAGACCACCGUCAUUUACCUCACCACCUUCUCAGGCAGUUGAGGGUAACAGCAGUCUUCCAGUGUCCCUUGGUGGGAUACCAGCCUCCUUACUAGAGCGCAAGAUAGAGAGCUGGGUGAAAGAACGCAGCAAAGCAACCGUUGAGUUUGACUCCACAGCUGGCACCAGACUACUAGAAACCUUUGGCAUCCUCCGGCGAGACGAGGAGGAUAACCUGAGCAUCGUCAGCAUAGAUGCCGCUCUGCACGGUCUCCCCCGGCAACCGUUGUCCAUGGCAACCCGGGACGAGGAGCCAGAGCUGGAUGAAGGGUACGACAGGGAGAUGUUUGAGAGCGAAGAGGAGUACAGGAAGGAGGAGAGGAGAAAUAGCAAAUGGGGAUGGCAGUGAGGGGAAAGGGAGCCUGGAGGGAAGGCUAGGCUAGUCUCAUUGCAAGGCAUUGUCAGUGGAGGCUGGAGGGGAAGGCUAGUCUAGACGCAUUGCAAGGCAUUUUCAGUGGUGACUGGAGGGGAAGGCUAGUCUAGUCUUGAUACGUGACAUUAUCAGUUGGGGGGGUUGGAGGCAGACUGGUCUAGUCUUGAUGCAAGACAUUAGUAGUUGGGUCUGGAGUAGCAGGCUAGUCUAGUCUUGAUUCAAGUUAUCAGCAGGAGAUGGCUAAUCUAGCCUUGGCAAAGCAUUAUCUGUAGGGCUUGGCUGGGCUAGUGUUUGAUAUCAGACAUAAAUCAGUGGGGUAUAUGGAGAGAAAGUCUAGUCGUGAUGUUGGAUUGGAGGGGAAGACUAGUCUAGUCUUCUCUCAAGGCUAACUAUGUUCUUUAUGUGCAACUUUGCCCUGUACAAUGUUGUAUGUCUGCAAAAUUAAUUUUAUGAACAUUUAAUAAAAGAAUAGAUGUUAAACAGGAUUAAGCCUCUGUACUGAUGACGUCACAAAUUGUUUACAUGUGUGCUUUUCUAUGGGAGCCUAAUGAGGACGAUGGUUUCGUAACCCCAUAGAAAAGCGCACAAGUAAACAAAGUGUGACGUCACCAGUACAGAGGCUUAUCGCUUCACUCCUUUUGGUAAUUCAUUUGACAAGCCCACAAGAACUCUUCUUUGUGAUUUGGGUUUGUCUUUUAAGAACUUGGUCUUAGAUUGGCAUUUUUACUACAUGAAUGUCUUGUUUUUGUGUCUGCCUCGCCCACAGAUCCUUGCAAAUCAAGUAACGCUCUUAGGAAUAAUGCAGCUAAGAUAGGUAUUGGUGUUGAAUUGUGGGACUACAUGGGGGACGGGAGAGCUGAAAGUUCUUAGGGCCCAACAAUACAUUUCAGUAUGCAAUUUGGUCCUUAUCCAUUGGAAGUUUGAAGAAAAUGAUAAAACUUGGACAGGACCACAAAUAUUUCAAAUGAUGCUACUAUUUGGGCCAUAUGACAUCACACCACGUCAUCCUUGUGAGUUUACAAAAUUUCAACCUCUUUGACAAAAAAAGGUAAAAUUAACUGGGGAAUUUUCCAAUCAACUCGCUCUCUUCUCCUCCCUGCAAACCACAUUCUGCAUGUACGACUGAGUUUGUAAACUUCAGCUGUUUGAGAAAGAUUUACAUAAUGUAUUCAUUGGAUAGGCAAUUAACACCAUUGUAAUUAGGCGUCCAUUAUACAGAGCUGUUGUCAUGUCCAUUACAGGUUCAUCACAAGUCCGUCACAAGUGAAAUCAGUUCUUAAAUCAAGGGAUGAUCAAGUAAUGCUCGGAUGACUUGUGAUUGACUUUUGAUGACAUGGUGACUUGUGAAGACUUACAUUUGCUUGGCUACAACUCGGUCAUAAAACUUGAGAAUUGGCAUGGAUCAAGUUCAACUGGUAUGCCUUGGGAUGUGUGACCUCGUUUUCAGGUUAUUAAUGUUUGCAGGAUGGGUGUUAGGUAAGGGAGGGCUCAAUAUUUGCCCUGCUCCUCAUCCCAUGGAAAAGUGUAUUAGGAAACAUUUUACCUACUCAUAUUUUCUGAAAUUCAGUGAAAAAAAGUUCCAAACAAAAUCUCAAGCUUGUGGCUUAUAAAAGAGAUCAUCACCAAAACGUGGUUCUUUUACUGUAUAAGGUUGUUUAUUGCAAAGAAUUGAUUCGUGAAUUCUUGGAGUGGAGUUUCUGAGUUCCAGAUUUGGGACGCAAUCAGUGGUGUCAAUUGCCUUGCAAACAAUUGUGAGUGUACAACCACUUUUGCAAAUGUGUUCAGUAGAGUGCUAGAUGUGUCUGCAUGGACCCUAAUUCCACAUGGCUCAGAAGCGGAAAGUUUUGCUGUUGUUUUUGUGUGGCAUGUUUCUCUGUCCGAAGCCGUUGAUUUAUUGAAUAGUUUGUUGCUGAUUAACAAAAAUAACAGCAAACUUUUCUGCCAGAAGUAGCUUAGUGGAAAAUAGCCAAAAGCCUUUUGCACUGUUUAUCUGUUUUUCAGUAAUGAAUUGAAUUGGAAAUACACUGUACAACUCUUUGUAGAAGAAAGACUUCAUGUCGUGUUUCAGCAUGGAAUGUUUAAAUUCUCCUAAGCUCAGCAAUUUGUCAUUUUGACAAGCAGUGGGGAAAAAGUAAAUUGGUAAGGCUGAAAAAGUAACAAUGAAAGAGAAUGUUGUUUUCAAAUACUCCAUUUUAACUUCUCAAAAUCAAAUAAAAUUUGAAUCUGAAAAAUGUGGGUUGGUGUAGUAAAAAAUAACAUUUUUAGCUUCCAGCCUUGUUGUCUGCUGGAUUCUUAUAUGAAGUUUUUGUCUUGAUUCGCAAGUAUGUACAUUCAGAAACUGCAACAAAAAAUAUAUGUUUUGUUUAACAACCAAGCCUGUAGUUCUACGAAGACAUUUAGAAAUCAUUGAGCAGUUGUCAAGGAUAUAACAUAAACACUUAAGCCUUUAAAAUUGUUUUCACUUUCAAGACAGUUUUGUUUGAAGUGGAAAUCUGUAAGUGUUAUCAUCCGUAGAGCAACAAGUCUCUGUCUUUCUGCAUUUCCUGUAGGACUAUAAACACGUCAUGACCAUUCACACAGACUUUUUGUGGUGGGACUGACGUCAAAAAUGAGAGAAGUCAAUGACGCAUGUAUAUAUUGCAAGCCAUCUGUGUGAUAUUGCAUAUGUGAUGUCAGAUGCAUGAAGAAAUAAAUGUAUAAAUGAAUUGAUUGAAA